CCAAGCAGGCAUAUCAAAGCCAAGAUGAACUGCAAUAGGGAAACAAACCCCGAUGCGCAAUUGAAUGAGCGAAAUGCUGUAAUAAUUGAGGUUGGCAGACGUUGGUGUCCACUUCAUAUAUGCCUCCUCUCCAAAUGGUAUAUAUCCUCCGCCCAUUCAUCCAACAAAUCUCCCCAUACCCCUUUUAUACUCAUCAUUGAAUGCCAAAAAGAAGAUAUUUAGAGAAGGAGAGCGCCGAUAAUACCGACAAGUCCAAGCGAGGCAGAGCCAAUGAGGGCAGGGGCAGCGUUGGGAGCAGCGUUGGGAGAAGAGCUUGCACUGGCGGCAGCCUCGGUACCGGAGGCACCGGUGGCGCCGGCCGUGCGGGAAGCAGAGCCAGUGGCGGCGGCACCAGAGCGGGUGGCAGAAGCAGAAGCAGCAGAGGCGCUGGAGCCGGAGCCGGAGCCGGAGCCGGAGCCGCCGGUGGCAGCAGGGGUGCCGCCGCUGCUGAAGAAGUACUCGCUAAUGCACUUCUGGGAGCAGUCGGCGUACUUCUGAGUCUGCUCGGGGGAGCCGUCGCCCUGGGGGCAUGCGGCGACACAAGCGGUGGUCUUGUUGACCUGGCUCUCGUCAGGGUUGGGGACCUAGAGGUGAACGUGUUAGCCAUUACUUGCUUCUUUCCCCCCCCUUUCGCACGGCCUGCGCCUCUCGAUCCGCAGGUCUUGCGGGGGAGACAAUCUCAGGCCUAUAUUGGGAAACCCAUUUGUGGAAGGGGGCGCGGGCUAUCGUACCGAAAUGCACUUGGACUGGCAGCCGACGUCGGUGGCAGGGCAGGCCUUGAGGCAGUUGGCGAUGGCAGCCUGCUCGGAAGAGGCAGCGGAGGUAGCGGUGCUGGUAGUGGUGGCGAGAGUGGUCGACUGAGCAGAGGCCAGGAUGGCGAGAGCGCCGGUGACGAUGAUGGAGGUGAAACGCAUCUUGAAGUGUUGGUUGGUUUGUUGAUAUUACACGAGUAUAUUAAGAACGGUGUAACUUGUUGAUAGUCGAACACAGACAGCGAGGGUAGGCGUUUUGAAACAGGCGUGGAGCAACGAAUGGACAGCAG